AUGAAGUGUCAAUAUCAUGAAGGAUAAGUUAAAACUCACAUCUGUCUAAAAGGGUUAUGCAAGCAUGCAGUACUAUGUCCAAUUUGUAUUGCCAAAGAUCAUUAAAAUCAUAUGACGAUAGAGCUUUUAUAAUUUAAAAGAUCUGUUGCUAACUUGAUUUUAUAACAUGAUAAUCCAGAACCUUUAGAUAAUAUAAGUGAAUUGACACUUUAAAUUGCAUAAUUUGAUUAAUCUCUUUAAGAAAGUCUUAAAUUAUUGUAUUAAAAAAGAAAAGAAACAAUUGAAUUUGAACACUUCAAAUAAGUAGAAGGAAUUCUUAAAGUAGAACAUCCAACUAAUUCUUAAUAGAUGGCUUUAAAAAAAGUAGGAUAACAUAUGCUCUUUUAUAAAGAUUAAUCAAAUUAAUGGACAUUUUAGUUAGUUGCUGAUAAUUAGGAAUAUAAGAUUUGGGAUAAAUUAAUCUAAGAUUUAAGAAAUCAAGUAAAAUAAUAAACAAAUCAAUUAUCUAAAAUAUUAGAUUCAUUAUAAUAAAUAUCAAAAUUAAUUGAUUAUGAAGUAAAACAAAAGAAAGUUAUAAUAAAUACAAAUAAUUUAGAAGUGUAAAAUGAUGGUUUCAAUAUAUCUAAAAAGAUAAAAGCAGAAGGUCGAGAAUUAGAAAUAUAAUAAUAAUAAGAAUAAGAUGAAUUUUUUAAGGCAGAAUAAUAACAAUCUAUUAGAUUACUUAGAAUGUUAGAAAAUAAUUCUGAUAGUGAAGAUUCAGAACCCAAGAUUAUACAUUAAAUCUAAUAAUAAAAACCUAAUCUAUAAACUUAAACUACUUAAUAAUUAGAAUCAUAAUAACCUUUAUUAUUUACAUAACCAGACAGAAAAUAUAUACCAGUCACUGAAUAAUAUAAGGAUUCAGAUAUAUCUAAAUAAGGUUAAGUUAGAGAAAAAAGAAAAUAUGUAAAAAAAGCAGAUAAAUUAGCAAUGAUGGGUUAAAAAAGAAUAUAUAGAAGGAAAACUUAUGAUAGAUUUAAAUUUAAUACAAAUUAAUGUAUCGCAGUAUUUAAAGAGAUGUUAGAUUGA